CAGGCGUCCCUACAGACAAAAAGCCCUCGGUGCGAGAGACCUACCAUCAGCACUCUCAUGCUAGCAUCACAUUAGCUAGCUCCUCAAUGUGCACACGCCGUUGACCGAAUCGCUCUCCAACGUGACAGCCGAAGCGUCGAGCCCCACUGCACUCAGCAUCUUGGUCAGCUCCAUCAGAUCGGUGUUGUCGAGCUCGUCGAGCCGCUGCAGCAGGUGGGCACCGAUGGCACGCAUGACGGCCUGCAGGUCGUCAGCAGUCUCAGCUCGGCCGAGUGGAUUUGGCCCAACCAUUGCGCGGCUCAUCCUGACACAACACACCCACCGCGCGGAUGCAUGUAAGUACGUGACAUGAUGGGUCUGUCUGUCUGUCUGUCUGCCACACCCACACAAGCGUGUUGUGUUGAGUGGUGGACGUCAUGUAUGUGUGUAUGGUUUGUGUAUGGUACCAUACAUACCUGAGAAUCUGUUUGGUUGUCCUCCCCUUGAUGUAGGGCAGGAGCUGACCCCUCACAGCCUUGACAGCCACAGUGUAUCGAUUCCCCGCCCGCUUUUCACCGAGGCACUCGAGCGCAUCGAUCAGCUCAUCCAGGGCCACCCAGCUGACGGUAGAUCGGCUCACCCGUCCCCAAUUGAUGGCUUCCCCAGCAGCCGCCAGAUGCUCCCACAGUAAAUGGUCAUCCGCUCCUGGCCGGCGACAGCCGGGCCCCGUGGCGAAGAACUGCACCAGCGUUGCCCAAUCGCGCAUUCCCAGCUCGGUGGCCCCACCCUCUGCCGCCGUCAGCCGCUCAAUCGCUGCAUGUGCUAAGGCACAUCGACGGGCCCCCCAGGCCUCAGUGUCAUAGGCACAGAGGUCAUCAUGUCGCUUGCACGCCAGCGACAGAGCGCCACACAGGCGAGCGAGGGUCUUGAGGAAGAAGGCGUCAAUCCGUCGAGUCGCCUCGUCAGCCACGGCAGCAAACAGAGAUGGGGGCGCCAGGCCCGCGUUGAGAAAGGCCCAGCAAAGGACGGUCAGGUCGGGGGGAGUGCAGUCUCGCAGAGUCCACAUGCUGCUGCUGCUGCUGCUGCCGCGGCGCGAGCCGUCCACGAGAGCCCCAGCCACCGUGUGGAAGAGACGGUAUACAUCGGCGCGCUUAUCGACAUCGGCCGCAUUGUCUCUGCUGCCCCUGGCCGGCAUGAUGAGCUUCGAUAGCGCCCACAUGAGUGCGAUGAGGCGACCUGGGGGUAGGGAGGGGAGGGCGGAUGCGGAGAGGGUCUCGAGGGCGCUGGCGAGAUCCUGGACGAGCAGCAGCCGCUGGGUGGCCGGAACGAGGGGCUCAGAGGACGCGCGUGGGCGUGCAUUAGCGAGUGCAUAUGUGAGCCGGGAGAGCUGUGCCCCAUCAAAGCGGUCCAGCUGCGAAACCACUCCGGUCACCAACAUCCUGAUUGACAGACAGACAGACAACACACACAGCAGCAGAGACCGUGAGUGAAUUGAAUGAGCCAAUCAGGAUGUUGUCCCCGCUCACUCGAAUAUCGGCGUGUCAUCAGCCAGGCCGGUCUUGCUUAUCACAUGGGAAAGGCCGAUCAGCUUCUCUGGUGACAGCCUGAUCGCUCCGUCCCCCUUGAUUGCGUCGAUGAUGCUGGUGUGUGCGAUGAGUGGCCGCACCAGAGCGGCCUGCCGCACACCGCUGCCGACAAAGGCCAGGGCCAGGUCGACCAGCUGGUCGGCAGACGGAGGGGGGAGGAAAGCGUGUGUCGAUGGUGAUGGCGAUGGCGCCAGAAGAAUGAGCGUCUGCUCGGCACAGUACCUGUGUGUGUUGGGCAGACGGAAAUUGCACACACACAUCCAUGUCAUGUCCAAUCUCCACCCACCCCUGCUUAUUACCUCAUUUCCUGUCGGGCCUUCCAUUUCUGUGAGUGCAGGGCAGGGAGAACACGCGCCGUGCGCACCACCAUCGAGAAGUCCUGCACAACAGACACAACAAAGGCAACACUCUCUAUCCACUAACCCACCCUUCCACCUUGUCUGUCUGUCUGCCCUGGUGGUCCCACUCAGCUAACCUGCACGUUGCCCUGUUCCAGUCUUCGCCGCAACUCGCGCCGCACCAGCUUCCGUGCUGCCUCGUCCGUCUCGUCACCCUCACACUUGCCCGCCACCAGGGCAUCAGCCUGACAGACAUAUGGAAGAAAGAAGCUUUCGAUGAUUCACAUCGCACGCAUCAUCCCCGCCCCGCCCCGGCCCGUGGCUUCCAUCCACCCGUCUUGUCUUCCUUACGAUUGCCAGGAGCAGGUCGAUGGGUGCCGUCCGUGUGGGUCUGCUGGAUGGAACCGGCCACUUGACGAGCAGGGCCUGCAGAAUGAAUGACCCGACACGACCCCACAAACGUUAGAGAAACGGCGAGUGCAGCCAGCCAGCGAGUAGCCCGCAGUCAUCGUGCGGGCUCCGUACAGAUCCUACUCACCGUGAACAGGGCCUGUCUUGGUUGCACCGCCCUGACGUCGGUCAUCGCCCACAGCAGGCUGCAGAGAGCCUGGAUUGAUGCAGCCACGAAGGGUCAACGUCCACUGUCGAUGGAAGGUUCGAGGCGCUCUCUCACUCACCUGUGGCGACAUUCGUUUGGCUAUCACGUUGAGCCUCAUUUUGGACAGGAAGGAGGCAGCUGCAGGUGGGGUGGAGGGGCCGCCCAGCACACAUGCAGCAGCGUCCCUUGAACCAGCUUCACACCACCUGCACACGAUACGUCCAUCCAGAAAGAGAAUCUGAUCGCCCUGUCCCGUCCACACAUCCGCGUGAAUCCACUGCCUCCCUAACGUACUUACAUACCUGAGGCUCUUCUGCAGUGUCUUGUCCAUCAUAUCGUCCCAACUGGCACCCUGCACCCUGCUGUAGGCCGCCAGCAUAUCCCUGACCGUCGUCGGUGGAGCCUCAUCGAAUGACCUUAUCACAAAAGGCUCCAGCCACCUGAAUGAAUGAACAAGGGACAGAGACACCAUAUAUAGGGUGGCGUCUCUUCUUCCCCUCUCAUGUAUGUUGCCGUACCUAAAGCACAUGUCCAUGCAUCUGGGGUCCUCGCUGGCGCUUGUAGCGUCCCGCAGCGAGGUCACAAGCGUCGCCACAUCAUGUGCCAUCCUCUGCUGGUCGUCGGGCUGUCCGCCCACGCCCAGCCGGUCGGCAAUGUUUCGGUGGUCGAUCCAUGUGGUCACCAGGUGCAUCAUCAGCGCAACUCCGUCGGAGAAGGCAGGGACGGAUUCUGCAGCAGAGAGCCGGCUAAGCGCCUGCAAAGGCACAUACAACAGGGGCGGAAAAGACCAUUCUCAUGCCGACCACACUCACGUUGUUUUGUUACCUUUGCUGUUGUUUGGACCAGGCCGACGAUUCGUGACGGAUCCUGCUGGUCACCGGGUGUGGCGGGUCCCUCUAGCCAGUAGAUGCGGCAUAGAGAGGGCGCCAGGGAAGGAUGAUGCUCAGCAACCGCAGAAAGCGCUGACAAACACCACUGACACAACACACACACACACACAGAGGGAGAGCUCGUCUCUCACUGCAUGACUAUUCAUCUCAAUCACACCGGUUCGUUCCACCGACCUCUUCAUCUCCUUCUUGGCCGCCGGCCUGCCGCAUGGAGUGCUCCAUCAGCACUCGCAAUCCCUCAACAGCUCCGCCACCUCUCCCGGCCAGAGCGGCCACAUACGACGGCAACAGGGGGGAGGGAAUGGUCCGCAGCGGGUUGCCGUGCGUGGGAAUGAUGUUUUCCGGUGGGCGGGAGGUGGCUUGGAGGAACGCGGCGAACAUGUUGUGGUUGUGGAACUCACACAAACGACGGAGGCCAACCGACGCAACAUCCUACACACAUCCACCAACCCAACACACGAGAGACAGACAGACAGACAGACAGCCUUGCGUCUUCCGUCCUUUGCUGGGUUCCUUUCGUACCUACCUACCUCCAGCACUGUCUGAGCCUCCUGGGCCAGCGAAGGCACGUCCAUCAACAAGCCACACGCCUGGGCAGCGGCCGACAAAUCUUCACACGUGCUCCCGACCUCAAGUGCCCUGCCCGCCCCCCCAGUGUACCGCCGCAGCAACUCGCCAACCAGCGCCUCGCCCUCUGCUCCUGCUCGCCCGUCACACACCAGCUCCGCAAAGCUUCUCAGCCACUGACCCCAGUCGCGGACAGAGGCGCGGUCGCUGGCAAGAUGGGCCCGCGCUCUCGACGCAAUACGCUCCAGCAUGCCACAUUCGUCCUCCCAAUCCCCUCGGAUGGCCGCGCGCGUGAAGCUCCACGCGGCCAUGGUGGUGUCCGAGGCCGAGAGCGAUGAAAGGAAGGGCAUGAGCAGGCCCGCCAGGCGCUCCCAGAGCAGGGCGUCGUGCACAUCGGCCCUCACGAAGGCCCACGCCAGGUUGACGGGGUUGGACGCGCGUCGCUUGAAGGACAGCAGGUGGAACGACGGCAGACUCCCCUUGACAAUGGCAUCAGCCGCAUGCCUCAGCAGCCGCCCGUCGUAGUACCCCAUUCGCGCACACCCCCACAGCACGACCGUCCAGUCCUCCAUCGCCUUGCGAGAGGGGGGAGGAGAGGGAGAGGCAGAGGGGCCAUCCAGUGGAAAACGCUCACGCAACUGCUGACCCACUCGGACGAAGAGCCUCUGCACAGACGUCUCGGCGCGCCAAUGUCCUGGGGAUUGCGCCGACUCCAUCAGCUUUACCAUUCCCCACACCAGAUUCGCCAGCUCCCGAGACUCGAAAUCACUCAAACGUGUGCUUGCCCAGCCAAUAAUAAAGCGGCCCAUAGCCUCCCUCCCUUGGUAUCGCCCCUUGACGGCCGACAGAAACAGACUCAGAGCCUCCUCCACACGUAGCCUCCCUUCCGCAUCAUCAGCCAGCCGUUCCGUCUCAACAUAGUGGAACAGCUCGUUCCAGAGAGGGCGCAAUCGGCCAUCCACCGCAUGACCAUCCUCCCUGAGACACUCCGCCCCCGACCACAGCAGGUUGGCAAGCCCCACAUGCGACAGCUCGUGCUUGCGCGGGAGGGACGCCUCAAACACACGCGUGAUGAUGCGGACAUGGCCGGUGGGCUUCAGCCGCGCCAGACUGUGUGCGAUAGAGUUGAGGUUGCGUGCAGGGAAGGAGGAUGCCAGCGGAAGGGAGCGGUCCAGGUCAUCCAGUAGCCGCAACAGCAAAGGAUCGGACCGCUGGAGAGGACUCUGCUGUGCGCCUGCCAGCUUGGCCCAUCUGUGGAGCGCCGUCACCAGAUUGACCAAGUUGAAGCCAUCAACAGAGGCGUCCACAAGCGCUUCAAGCUCGUCCAGGGACCGCACUUGUGUGAGCCGCUUGUUGAUGCGAAAAUUCUCUGCAGUCGUGUUGGACAUACGUGUGUCGAAGAGAUCUUCAGCAUCAUCAUGAUGCAGAGCCGGCCCACAAUCGACGCGCGGAUGAAAGUCCAAAAGAGCCGGAGAGCUGGGCGCCAGGCUGACGGGAGGAGAGGCCUGCGGAGGGGCGGUGAGGGCGGUCGUUGUCACUGCUGCUGGUGCGUGCUGCCGCCGCUGUGCGAUGGGAGGGGCGAUGAACGUGAGAUGCCUCCCGUGACAUGAUGCAGCACCGAACUGACAGAUCCACACUAGAUAUAAGACCCACAAGGCAUCCUUGUUCUUCUGGAGCCUUGCAUGGUGCAUCAUUCAUCC